CUGUCAACUCAAGUUUACUCGGUGUACGCGGAAACUCUGAACGCGAAAUUAUCACUUCGUGAAUUUAUAAAUGAAAGAAAUCGAAAUCACCAAGUUUCUCGUGUCGUUCACGGGUCAAAUUGAAAAUGUGGUGUUCCCGGCGGGUGUAUUCGACGAGUUGUUGUAUAUUCAAUAUGAGGCUGUAUGGGGCCCCGAUUGGAGUCCGGUGUCGGGUUUAACAUCAGGGAAUAGUCAGAUGGCUCGUUCAGGAGCCAAUCCUGAAAGAGUAGUCUUUAAUAUGCCUUUGGAGAUGGUUUUCAGCAGCACAAAUGUGUCAGGAUGGCCCCAACUGGUGAUCACAGUCCGCGCACAGAACACGAUAGGCGGGGACACUCUGCGCGGCUACGCGUUAGUUCCGCUGCCGGCCACCGCGGGCGCGCGGGUGUGUGCGGCGCCACUGCUGCGCCCUCUGGCCGCGACCAUGCUGGGCGAGUGGCUCGCCUGGCUCACUGGCAGGCAUCCUGAACUCGCAGAGCCGAGGAUGCUGGCUUCUGGAAAAGAGAAUUAUUUGUUAAGAACAGAGUCGUAUGGGACCGUAGAGGUGCGCACGUCCAUGGUCUCCAAGGACUUCAGGCGGCUUGGCUACGACAACCAACCAUCGUCUAACGAGACAUAA